AAGCCAGAGGCUUUGAUCCAUCAAUGAAAGAGUCCUACACUAGCUUGUGUACAUGGCAGAUUCCCUUUCAUCAUCAGCAUCACCAUGAAAGUGCUACUGAGACUCUUCCUCUUCCUCACACUGCUCAAAACAGGUGCCCCUCUCAAAUGUGAAACUUGUGAAAGCCAUGGAACCAACUGUACCAGCACAAUGAAGACCUGUCCUCCUCAUAUAUCUACCUGUGCGGUGGCACUUAUUGAAAACGCUCUAGAGGGAGAAAAGAUGGUCAGCGUAAGGAAAGGCUGUGAAUUUUUGGAAAUGUGCCCUACCGAAAUGAUACAAUUCAGUGUGGGAAAUGAAACAACCUACAGGGCAAAUGUCAUCUGUUGCAUUGGUGCUAGCUGUGAAAUUGUCUAUCCGUAUUUACAAUUACCACCCAUACAGCCAAAAACCAAUGGGAUGAAAUGCCCUGCAUGUUACACCAAAACAGGAACAUGCGGGCAUGAAAUGGUGGCUUGUACUGGACUGCAGAAGUUCUGCUUUGAAGUGUCAUCAGUGUCCUAUGCAGGUGGAGAAGAAGUGGAGAGAAUCAUGAAGGGCUGUACAACUGAAUCCGUCUGUGCUUCGUUAAGAAAUGGCCAUCCCCUUUUGGUCAGCCAUGAUCUUGUGAAGUCUGCCAGGUGUACACCUGACGUUUUUAGCCAUUCCGAGACUACCAAGCUCCUCAUACCAUCUUUCUCUGGGCUGCUACUCUUGGCAAUCUUUUUUUAAAAGAUGCUUUAUGUGACUGCAUCAACACAACAUUGAGUUGUGUCUCCGUUGAGUACGCACACCACUUUCUGUCUACACAGGUUGGCCCUCCUGAAGGAGCUUCUCUUUUUGCC